AGGGAAGUUGGCUUCCAUCAUGUGAAGGACACCUUUGCCCAAUUUGCCGUCGACGUUGUGCUGUCUCCUGUCCAAUCCUCCUCGCAGCCGCUGCCAUUCACUUGGAAGCGAACUCUCUGCAUCAACCCUCUGCCAACUCCAUUCGACUGGCGCAUUCCCGCAUGAGCGCACGAUAAAUAGAACCCAGCCGCCCCUCCACGCUCCUCGAAUUCUCACCGCCGAGCUCACAACAUGGACUACGAAGCGCUCAAGGACCAGUGGUCCGAGAUCGAAGAUCGCGAUGGAAUCCGACUGUCGUGGAACACGUUUCCCUCAUCGCGCAUGGAGGCCAGCAGGCUGGUCGUCCCCAUUGGAGCUCUCUACACUCCGCUGAAGGAAAAGGAGGAUGGCACUCCGCUGCUACAAUACGAGCCCGUCACUUGCAAACCGCCAUGUCGAGCCGUACUCAACCCCUUCUGCCAAGUGGAUAUGCGAGCGCGGAUAUGGAUCUGCCCAUUCUGCCUGCAGCGCAACAACCUCCCACCACACUACAAGGACAUCAGCGAGAGCCAGAUCCCUCCUGAGCUGCACCCUCAGAGCACCACUAUCGAGUACCGUUUGGCGAGACCGGCCCCUACUCCACCAAUCUUUCUCUUCGUUGUGGAUACCUGUCAAGAGGAGGACUCACUGAAGGCAUUGCGGGACAGCAUUAUCAAUGCUCUCUCUUUCUUGCCUCCACAUGCUCUGGUGGGCUUGAUCACAUACGGCACAAUGGCACAAGUGCACGAGCUGGGCUACACCGAAUGCGCAAAGAGCUACGUCUUCCGCGGCAACAAGGAUUAUGGCGCAAAGCAGGUGCAGGAGAUGUUGGGUUUGGGAGGAGCCAGACCUGGUAUGCAACCACAGCCACAGCCCGGCCGACCAGCUGUUGCACCCCCAGUAGGGGGUGCUCAGGCACGAUUCUUGCUUCCGGUGCAGCAGUGCGAGUUUCAGCUCACCAAUGUACUGGAGAGCCUGCAGAAGGACCCAUGGCCAGUUGCCAACGACAAGCGUGCCAUUCGAUGCACCGGUGUUGCGCUGUCUGUGGCAACCGGCUUGCUCGAGACCAGCUUCCAGAACUCUGGUGCACGCGUCAUGCUGUUCACAGGAGGCGCGGCCACAGAAGGACCUGGAAUGGUUGUGGGUCCUGAGCUGAAGGAGCAGAUCCGUUCCCACCACGACAUUGAUCGCGACAACAUCAAGUACUACAAGAAGGCGCUCAAGUUCUACGACACCCUCGCGAAGCGCGUGGCGCACAAUGGGCACGUAAUUGACAUUUUCGCUGGAUGUCUGGACCAGGUUGGUCUGCUCGAGAUGAAGGGCCUAGCCAAUAGCACUGGUGGCCACAUGAUCUUGACAGAUUCUUUCACAUCGUCCAUGUACAAGCAGUCUUUCACGAAGAUCUUUGAUGUGGAUGCAAAUGAUAACUUGAAGAUGGGCUUCAACGCAUCGCUUGAGGUUUUGACGACGAAAGAGCUCAAGGUUACGGGCCUGAUCGGCCAUGCUGUGUCUCUCAACAAGAAAUCGAGCUCGGUUGGCGAGACAGAGUGUGGUAUCGGCAACACUUGCAGCUGGAAGAUGUGUGGUAUCGAUCCAUCAGCCUCGUAUGGUGUGUACUUUGAGAUCGCCAGCCAAGGUGGUCCAGCUGCACCCAUGCAACAAGGUCCACAAAAGGGCCUGAUCCAAUUCCUCACAUACUAUCAACACAGCGGAGGGCAGUACCAUCUGCGUGUGACGACGGUCGGACGAAACAUGAGCGGACCGAGCGGUGAUCCAGCCAUCGCACAGUCGUUCGACCAAGAAGCUGCAGCAGUUCUGAUGAGCAGGAUCGCAGUCUUCAAGGCGGAAGUCGACGAUGGUCCAGACGUCCUCCGUUGGGUCGACCGCAUGCUGAUCAGGCUCUGCUCGCGCUUCGCAGAAUACCGGAAAGACGACCCUUCAUCAUUCCGACUGGAGAAGAACUUCACCCUCUACCCACAAUUUAUGUUCCAUCUGCGUCGAUCACAAUUCUUGCAAGUCUUCAAUAACUCACCCGACGAGACUGCAUUCUACCGACACGUACUGAAUCAUGAAGAUGUGUCAAACUCGCUCAUCAUGAUUCAGCCCACUUUGGACUCUUACACAUUCGACCAAGAAGGCGCUGUUCCCGUGCUGCUCGACUCUACAUCGAUUCAGCCAACGACUAUUCUGCUUCUCGACACUUUCUUCCACAUCCUCAUCUUCCACGGAGAGACUAUGGCAGAGUGGCGAAAAGCUGGCUAUCAGGAUAUGGAAGGAUACGAGAACUUCCGAGAGCUCCUCGAUGCGCCGAAGCAAGAUGCAAAGGACCUCAUCCAAGACCGAUUCCCUCUGCCCCGUUUCAUCGUCUGCGACGCCGGCGGCUCACAGGCUCGUUUCCUCCUCGCCAAGCUCAACCCUUCGACAACGCACACAUCCUCCAGUUAUGGUGGUGUCAGUCAAUCCGCACAGACUAUCUUCACGGAUGAUGUCAGUUUGCAGACGUUCAUGGAUCACUUGAUGAAGUUGGCUGUCAGCGGCACGGGAUAGACGUGUCCAGGAAUAAUGAUAACAAUUAGAGGGGUGGAUAGCGAUGGCGUCUUGUUUCGAAACGAGGUAUUGGUGGUACGAAAGCUGGUAAUGCUAUACGUAGAAGUAUUCAUGGAAUCUGACCGCGAGAGCGAAAAGUUAAACAUCACUAUUGGUUUCGCAUCAUACUUCACUUCAGGCACUAGUGGGUCAACCUAGAAUGAAUAAUCAUUCAUCCACCUGCUAUCUCUACUUGCGAG